UUAGAAAAUGUUGUAGAUCAGAAACGGUCGUCAGCUGUUGACUCUUGGGACUUUGCUUUCAUGGUUGGAUGAUCGCAAAACUUCUUCAGAAGUUUUUGUGGUCCGUCUUCCAAAUUCAGGUCGUGAAAAAAAGAAACCGCCAACAUGUCUGAGAAAAAGAUGACAUCGAGCCGCAGGCAUCAUCUGAAGAGUUUGAUGCUGCAGAUUGCGGCGAGCUGGAUUGAACAGGAGAAGAAGGACAAUGCAGCUGCCAAGCAGGCCUACAUGGCUGAACACUGCUCCGGACCAGACCUGGGCGGAGACCACGCCACCCUCAUGGAAACCUGUAAAAAGCUGCACUCCCUCAUCGACAAAAUCGAUGAAGAGAGGUACGACUUGGAGGCCAAAGUGGGCAAGGCCGAUAAAGAGAUCGAUGACCUGAAGAUCAAAGUGGUCGACCUGGCCGGAGUGAAGAAACCCGCUCUGAAGAAAGUUCGCAUGUCCGCUGACGCCAUGCUGAAAGCUCUGCUGGGCUCCAAACAUACGGUCAACCUGGACCUGAGGGCCAACCUGAAGCAGGUCAAGAAGGAGGUGAAAGAGGAGCCUGCAGAGGCAGUCGGUGACUGGCGUAAGAACAUUGAGGACAAGGCCGACAGGAAGAAGAUGUUCGAGAGUGCCUAAAGAAUUUAUCUCUGUUCUCUUAGUCGCUUUGGGCUGUUCGCACUUUUUAUGGAAUUUAUAAAAUUUUUCAUUGACUUGAAAUAUAUUUUGUUUCAUUAAAUCUGUGAGUUUCA